AUGGCGUCAGCAAACUCUGGAUUCCUGCUACAAGCCAGCCAUUACUCUGUAAAAGCGACCGAGGAAUUAACGGCAAGUUCGUUCUUGAGAACAGCUGCAAUUGUCUUCGCUAUAUACCUAUUUCAUAAGAUCAUCCAACGUUUCCGCAUAGCUUAUUUUUCACCUCUGUGCUGUAUUCCGGGACCCUGGCAUGCUCGCAUAACCGGCGUCGUCCUCAAGUUCCAUAUUCUAAAUGGAAACCGGGUAAACUAUGUGCAAUCACUACAUGAAAAGUACGGUCCAUAUGUCCGCGUCGCCCCUAAAGAAGUCGUGACUUGCGAUUCCGCUGCGACAAAAGAAAUGCACGCUGUUGGCACCAAUUGGCGCAAAUGGAGCCAUAUUCCGGACGAUGUCACCCCCAACAUCUUCAGCAUCGUAGAUCCGAAAAAGCAUAGCAUCCGGCAAAGAUUCUAUAAAAAUGUGUUUAAUCAGUCGACUUUGAGGAAGACAAUGGAGCCUGCAGUUUUGUCGACGGCGCAGAUGGCGAUUCGAGGAAUGAAACAGGACGCCGAAGCCGUGGGGAAUAAUAAGAAAAUAGUCAAUGUACACGAAUGGUUUAUGCUUUUUGGCAACGAUAUGAUGUACCUCCUUACUUUCGGCGAAGGCUUUGGACUGAUGGAGAAAGGGCAAAGAAAAGCUAGUGUUGUGACUCCAAUAGAGUUUCACAAAAUGAUUGUCUGGACAGAGAUUUCCAUUCCAAUGUUUCUCCUUGGUCGUUUUAUCUUGUCCCACUUGUCGAAAAGGAUGAAUGAAAUUUUCCGCGCCGAUGUGGCCCUCAAUCCAACGGAGGACGAAGCUAUAGCGCAAUUGAGAAUGAAGAAGAAAGAUGAAGAAGGGCGCACGGUAUUCGCCCGGGCCAUAGAGGAUGCGAAGGAAGAUGAAUUGCUCAAAGAUCACGGCAAGACACGUCUGAUUGAUGAUGAGAUCGCCGCCGACGCAUUGGGAUUCCGCUUAGCAGGCGCCGAGCCUGUAGGCGUCACCUUGACAUACUUGGCAUGGUGCGUCCUGCAGCGGCCGGAUGUGCAGAAACAAGUUGAAGCAGAAGUGGCGGAUGUCAAUGUUGCAGAUGCGGCUAUUGAAAAGCUUCCCAUUCUUACCGCGGCCAUCUUAGAGACAUUACGGUUGUGGGGUGGGAACGCAACUGCAAUGAGGAGAAAAGAGGAUAUCACAGAGGGAGGGACCGUUCUUGGAGGAAUGUACCGUAUUCCCAAGGGUACAGUUGUCUCGACGCAGGCAUAUUCCUUGCAUCGCAACCCGGCCAACUGGAAAGAUCCAUUCAGGUGGGAUCAUAAAAGAUGGCUUGACCCCUCUCAAAGCCAGUCACUUUCAACGGAUCGCUUCCAGCCGUUUAGUGCAGGCAGUAGAAUGUGUGCCGCUUAUCACUUGGCAAUGAUGGAAAUACGCAUAAUGGCUACCUUGUUCUUCAAAACUUACCCAGGAGUAAAACUAGAUCCUUCUGUAACCCGCGAAAGCAUGGUAAUGGUUGAUCGAUUCAAUUUAUUCCCAAAGCACGAUAGGUGUGAGAUCAUCUUGCCCAGCAGCACCUGA